CUCUCCGGGCAUCUUCUACGUCAAGGAGUCAAAACAAACUUGGUGGAAACACCGUUGAAGUGAACGGUAUAGAUGUAUACAUAUCAUAACUUUUAGUAAAAUGGCUAAAGUAAUAAGUUGACGUUGAGAAGAUGAAUGAGUUUCCGGCGCAGGGGAGAGAAGAUGGACGUUUAGUGCCUUUUAGAAACUUUUUCUUGGGUUUGGGGUAGCUGAGAUGAAGCGCAGUGCUUAAGCACAGCUUUUUUUUCCUUAUUUUUUUUUUUACCAGCAAAAGUGGCCCGGGUUGACUGAAAUAAUUGAACAUGUCACUGUGGAUCAUUCUUCCCAUCAGUCUACCAGUCUUCAUCCUAACAGGGAUAUGGGUUGUAUACGCUAUGGCCCUGUACAACCAGCAUGUCUGCCCUUUGAAUAACUGGCUGUACAAUGAUUCAUGUGAGGAGCUGCUUCCACUGCAGAGAGGGCCGGUGCUCUGCUGUACUCUGGAGAACCUACCCCUUAUCAGUAAGAGCGGGACCCUGCCUCCUGAGAGCUGCCUCUUCAGUCUCAUAUGCAGCACAGGGUCCUUCAUGGUGAUGAUGAUUGGCCUGCUGCGCUACGCCCUGGUCAUCGAGCGCCACCAGAACUGCGUGCUGAACACGGCCGGCCUCUGCACCUGCUGGGUGUGCGCCGCCGGCCUCCUCACCGCCGGGAACUUCCAGCUGGACUACGCCAAGGUGCUGCACUAUGUGGGGGCCGGUGUGGCGUUCACCUGCAGCAUGGUGUUUGUGAGCCUCCAGACGGCUCUGACCUACCGCUUGGCUAAGACCCAGCACGAGUACCUCCUGGGACACAUGCGUCUGACCAUGUCCCUCCUCACCUUCAUGGCCCUGGUUCUCGGCGGGGGGUUCUUCUGCGUGGAGGCCAGCUUCGCGCUGCAGCACAUCUCGGCCAUCCUGGAGUGGGUGUUCUGCAUGCUCGUCAUGCUCUUCUACGGCACCUUCGCCUUCGAGUUCUCCGCCAUGUCCGCCAACACCCUGGUGGUGCUGUCCCGGGGGGGCGGGGCCUCCUCAUCCCCCUUCCCCGACCCCGUCCUCCACCACAAGAUGGAGGCGUCGCCGGCCGGCUGCUACCCGGCCGACAGCCUGGCCAUGCUGUACUCGGAGUGUGGCGGCGGCGGCGGGGACAUGACGUCGCAGCACGUCACGCAGAAGCUGUCCGGUGGGGGCGCCGGGGGGGACUGACGGACGGGUUGUGUGUGUGCGUGUGUGUGUGUGUGCGUGUGUGUGUGUGUGUGUGUGUGUGUGUGUGUGUGUGUGUGUGUGUGUGUGGCGGAGGGGGGCGACGGAAGACAAGCCAACAGCUGUUUGACCGCGUCGUGUGUUUUUUACACACGGCGUGCAACCGUGUAGUGCCAGCGCGAGAAACGAGAGAGAGAGAAAAGUCUCGGCGUUCGCUUUGAUGCCUGGUUAUGUAACGGUUCCCUUUUUAUACAUGGCCAACCCCCCCCGUUGCGCUCCAUGCGAUGCGGUUUCCUGAAACGUGCCUUGGAUGUGUGUUCCUCGCUCGGCACAACGUCGCGGGGGGGGGGGGGGGGGGGGCGCUUUCGCCUGUUCGUUUGUUUGGUUAUUUUUUCUCCUUCAGCGUUUGGUGUUUCAGACAACCAAGGCCAGCAUUGUUUGCUCUCAGGAAAAAUCUGUUACAUCACCAGCGUUAUACACUACAUCGAGGUAGAACCGCUGGAAGAACCUCAAGACAAUAGAGGGAUUGUUUUUUUUCUACCAAGUAUUGUGUGCUGUUUGAAAAGCUGAUUCCCUUUUUUCUUUGUUUUUUUAAAAGGGGCAGAAUUUAGAGAUGGGGGGGGGGGGCAUGUCGUUUACGGGAUGCUCGACCAAAACUAAGUAGCAGCAGCUUCAAUGCGCUUUGCGUCCACCGCGAUCUGAUGUAAUCAGACAAAGCUACCGCUGCCAAGCCUCGUUCUCCCAGACCUCCCAGUGGAAAAGCUAAGAGACUCUUGUUGAACUGUUGUGUGACCACACAGCCAAUGCAAAAAACCAUGCAACUCGUAACACAGGGCAGGCCUUCAGGGGGCAUCGCUGGAGGACUUAGCCUCGCCCCACCGCCUGACCCGGGUCGUUCUGUACUGGGAGCGGCGGUCUGGCCACCAGCUUCUCUGUGGAGCCAAAAAAAAAGGGACCAAAAUAGAGUACAAUUUGUGUGUUGUAUGUUAUCAUUCCCAACUGCAUUCCAAAGGAAUAUAGAUCUAUAAAUAUAUAUAUAUUUUACUGUUACCAUAACUGCUUGAAAUAAAUAAAAACGAAAAUCCAAAAUG